CCAUGCAUGACAUACUCAGCGGUCGCUCUCAUUUUCAACGUAAUGCACGUUGAACCAUGUCCAUUUUUUCCCCCGCAUUAUAACCCUUCUGCCGUACAGUGAGCAGGAACAACAGACAACAGCGCCCCCUGACUGCGGCUACGAACCCUGCAUCACGCUGGGAAUAAAAAGCUCCAUCAUCCUCCUGCUAUACGAGCAUCGUUUUGGUGGACCGAGGGCAUCCUCCCUACACCCAUGACUACCGACUAGGGUUACAUUAGCGGACAAACAGAGGGAUUUAAGGAUAGUAUUAUGGCGAAACACCGUAAAGACAGAGACAGCUGGGGUGAGUGGUCCCUCAGUGACAAAAAUGUCUACGACUGGAGCUCAGAGGAGGAGGAGCCGGACGGACGAGCCCGACCCGUGCAGGUGCUGCUGGUCAAAGACGACCACACCUUCGAGCUGGACGAGGCCGCGCUGAGCCGCAUCCUGUUGGCCGAGCACGUCAGAGACCGCGAGGUGGUGGCCAUCUCUGUGGCCGGAGCUUUCCGCAAGGGCAAGUCCUUCCUCAUGGACUUCAUGCUGCGUUACAUGUACAACCAUGCAUCUGAAAGCUGGCUCGGAAAUAAAGACGAACCUCUGACUGGCUUCUCCUGGAGGGGGGGCUCAGAGAGGGAGACCACCGGGAUCCAGAUCUGGAGUGAGGUCUUCCUGGUGGACAAACCGGACGGGAGAAAGGUCGCCGUGUUGCUAAUGGACACACAGGGCACGUUUGACAGCCAGUCGACGCUAAGGGAUUCAGCCACUGUGUUCGCACUGAGCACCAUGAUAAGCUCCAUGCAGGUUUACAACAUCUCACAGAAUGUACAAGAAGACGACCUUCAGCACUUGCAGCUUUUCACCGAGUACGGCAGACUGGCUAUGGAGGAGACUUUCCUCAAACCAUUCCAGUCCAUGAUUUUCCUCGUUCGAGACUGGAGCUUUCCAUACGAGUUUCCUUACGGACAGGAAGGAGGCAUGAAGUUCCUCGAGAAGCGACUGAAGAUCUCGGAGAACCAGCAUGAAGAGCUGCAGAACGUGCGUAAACACAUCCACUCCUGCUUCACCAACAUCUCCUGCUUCCUGAUGCCUCACCCCGGCCUCAAAGUGGCCACCAACCCGCACUUUGAUGGAAGGAUUGCAGAGAUCGAUGGCGACUUCUUGAACAACCUGAGGGUUCUGGUCCCGUGGCUUCUCAGUCCUCGUAACAUCGACGUGAAGGAGAUCAACGGCAGCAAAAUCACCUGCAGAGGCCUGCUGGAGUACUUCAAGGCUUACAUCAAAAUUUACCAAGGCGAGGAGCUGCCACAUCCAAAAUCCAUGCUGCAGGCCACAGCUGAGGCAAACAAUUUGGCUGCAGUUGCAGCUGCGAAGGACCUGUACAACAAGAAAAUGGAGGAGGUCUGUGGGGGCGACCGGCCCUUCCUGGCCCCCAGCGAGCUGCAGGCCCGUCACAGCACCAUCAGAGAGGAGGCCCUGCAGGUGUUUCGGGGCGUGAAGAAGAUGGGAGGCGAGGAGUUCAGCCGUCGCUACCUGCAGCAGCUGGAGGGAGAAAUCGACGAGGUGUUUGUCCAGUACAUCAAGCACAAUGACUCCAAGAACAUUUUCCACGCAGCCCGCACGCCGGCCACGCUGUUCGUGGUCAUCUUUGUCAUGUACGUGGCCGCGGGCAUCACAGGCUUUGUGGGCGUGGACAUCAUUGCCAGCUUGUGUAACAUGAUCCUGGGUCUGGCACUGAUCACCCUCUGCACCUGGGCCUACAUCCGCUACUCCGGGGAAUACCGAGAACUGGGCGCCGUCAUCGACCAGGUGGCUGGUGCGCUGUGGGACCAGGGGAGCACAAAUGAGGCUCUCUACAAGCUGUACAAUGUAGCAGCCAAUCACAGGCACCUGUACCACCACGCCUUCCCCGGGCCCCAGGCGGAGGAGGCUGCAGAGGAGCAGGACAAGAAGAGGGACUGAGUCGAUAAGGCAGCGAAGAGUACAGCAGGGACUUCCUGGUGAAGGACAGGAGGAAGAGGAGGAGGAGGAGGAGGAGGAGGGGGAGGAACAUCCUCACCCAUCAGGCACUCUUUUAUUCUGGUAUUGGCUGGCACUUCCCACCAAUACAUCCACUACUUUAAAACCUAAUAACGGACUGUAUAAUGUUCAUGUAUAGGCAACGUCAGAGCGUCUCCUGAUUGGGUGCCUCUGCGUGCAAACGAUGGAUGUCAUUUAUCAUUUUGUCUCUCACGUUUUGCCUGUGAAAAAAACAAAACAAAACAACAACAACACCACCUGUACAGCAGAUACUGUAGACACUCUGCCAGAGGAGACCUCGGCAUAUCCAACCUCCAGCCAGCUGUUUGAUUUCCUCAUCAGACUUUGUUUCGUUUUGCAUCAUUUGUCACUGACGACGAUUCUCAGAAGUACAGCCAACUCUGUGAAAUCCCCAUUUGUGACGAUUGUUCUGCUCUCUGAAGUUUAGUGCUGUUUGUGAGAAACAAUAUCUAUGACCUGCGGUGUUUGAAAGCCAAAACAUGUACUGUAUGUUAAACAAUGAAGCGUUACGAGCAUCAUCAGCAUGAUAAAUGGUUAAUGUCUGUCAUCUUUAAGCUCUAAAACUGGGUAUACUUUAGAAAAAACAAAAAAAAACAAACAAAAAACAGUUUUGAUGGUCGUGACAAAGUGGUUUUGUGCCAUAACUUGUAAAAAUGCCAGCUGGCUACAUGCAGACACUCAGUGGCACAUUUAUUAGUUGUAUGUUUUGUUUUGGAGGUUGGUGUUCAUUCUCAUAGGAUCAGGGAAUUUUUUUGUUUUUGUUUUUUUUUACUUUCAAAUAAGAGCGCUGGGUGGGAAGACAAAACCAGAGUGACCACCAGUUCAAAGUUUACACAGUAUCUCUCACUUUGUAGUCCGCUUGCAGUUUUGUUACUACGCUGCAUCCUUGUGAUCCUCCACAUGCGUGUUUGGUCUUUGAGGGUGGGUGGGGGUGGGUGGGGGUGUUGGGUUCCCAUUGUGGCGCAGAGGUGGUGAGUGAAGCCAUUGUUGUGUUUCUCACUGAAUGUUCGAGCAAAUCCGAGGAAUGUAGCUAUUCGGCGUCCACUGAGGAAAUCAGAGCUGGUUUGUUAUUGGACGGGCCUGCUUUGGAAAAGGAUCCUCAUUCCACAUCUCUUUCAUCAUCUUCAUACACUUAAACUGAAUCAUCUGUUUAAAAAAACAAACAACCAAAAAAAAAACAAAAAAAAAAACUGUUGCAUGGUGAAAGAGGCCAGACAUUUUGUGCUCCCAAAAACAGCUCGCAUUUGUAAACAAAUGGCUUGUAUUCAGCACAUUUUGGUGUUUGAAUACUUUGGCUUAGUAGACUGUUAACAGUGCUUAUUGUUUUUAGCUCACUGAAGAACCCAGAAUCAUGGAGCUCACUGUAAAAACAUCUGCAUCACGUACAGCUGCAAGCACCCUGACUUUUCUUUUUUUUUUUACAGUACAGGAACGCUGUCAUGCAUAUUUAGCAAGUUUAUACUGAGGUUUGACCUCAAGGGUUGAAAAUUUAAAGGCGCUGCGGCAGAGUGGCUUCUUGAGUCUUCCACAAUGUAUAAUCAACAUCAGUGAGGCCUUCACACAAAGGACCAUCUAAGACCAGUUUAAGAUUUGUGAGGUUUUAAAAGCCCAUUUCUCCAUGGCUGCGUUUAAACGUCCGUCCAUAAGUCAGAAAAGCAGCGUUUGUCUGCAUUGUGUUGCGUUCACAGUCGAAAUUUUCUCAGCUCAAAAGAAAAGAGAAAACGAAUCAAAACUUGUUGUUCUUGGAUUUAACGGUUCAUUCCUUAAAGCCGCCCACAUCAACGCUUAAAUCAAGUCCGGAUGUCGUGGGAGUCUCGCGGGAGUCUGAAAGGUCAAAUGAAUCCACCUCUUCCAAGUCAACACUGCUAAGUUCACGUUGCAAAUUUCAAUUACAAGGAAAUAAUAAAGUUGGACCAAGUUAAUAAAAAAUAUCUAGAGUUGAGUAAUUUCUUGUAAGCUUCACUCCAAACAUGUUUUAAGACAUUAAAAGUACUCUGGUUUGAAUAACUUGUGUGCCAUAUAUUUGUUUAUUUCCCACCCGUAACUGAUGUGAAACCAGUCUUCCAGGAUCAAACCCUCAGCAUUUGUUAUUUACAUCACUGAUAGUGUUUUCAGCCAGCAUUUUAAGGUUUUACAUUAGAAAAGAACUCAAAGGCAAAGUCUACUUUAUUGUUUUGGUAAAUAUCUACAUUUGUAUGGUACUUUAUGGAUGACAGAGCUGAACAUAACGAAGGGAGCUGCAGAUAGCCAGGAGAAUAGCUCUUAAAUUCCAAACUGUUAUAAGAAUAUCACAUGCCGCUGCUUUAAUUAUUUUACAUCUGAAAAAUAAGCUGUGUGAAAGUGCACGGGAAGCCAGAAAGCAACAACUGUGUAGUCGUGAGUGUGUUUUUCUCCACUGCAGACUUUAUUGCUUAUGUCCUGUAUUUGCAAUACACAAUAUCAGAUAUGUACAAACUGCUGAGCCCGUGCUGAAAAGACGUGAGCGAGACUGUCUUGCAUAGUGACGGACUCGCCGAAGACAGGCUCUUCACAAAACUAUUCCACUGUUCACACGAUCACACACCCUUUUAGGACGUUCAGAAAUGUCUGAAUCUGUUGUCACUCUCAUACACGUGUCGCAUUAAACACCUGAAAACUGUUUUAAGUGUAUAUUUUGAGUGCAAUAGUGUCAUAAAACGUUUGUUUCUCACCUUAUUUGGCCAAACCUCCAACAU